GCAGAUUACAGCACCAAAAAGUAGAGAAAAUGAUUGGAGAAUAGAAGAGCAGAAGUGGUAUUUAUUCAAAGACAAUUCUUUACAGGACAUGGAGCACCCUGGAUAGAAGUAGAAGAGCUUCUUAAAUCAGAAAGAAACUUUCAAGGCAAGUUUCCUAAAGAAAAUGGGGACCAAGGGCAAAGCUAUUAAAUGCAAAGCAGCUAUUGCCUGGGAAGCAAACAAGCCCCUCAGCAUUGAAGAGGUUGAGGUAGCUCCCCCCAAGGCUCAUGAAGUUCGAAUUCAGAUAAUCGCCACCGCCUUGUGCCAUACUGAUGCCCAUGUCAUUCAUCCUCAAUUUAAGGAGGCUUUUUUCCCAGUGAUCCUUGGCCAUGAGGCUGCAGGAAUUGUGGAAAGUGUUGGGCCAGGAGUGACCAACUUCAAACCAGGUGACAAAGUAAUUCCACUCCACAUGCCUCAAUGUGGAAAAUGCAAAUUCUGUCUGAGUCCACGCACAAAUCUUUGUGGAAAACUCAAGCAUUUGAAAAAUCCCAUCAGUGAUCAAAAAUUAAUGGAAGAUGAAACCAGCAGGUUUACCUGCAAAGGAAAACCAAUUUACCAUUUCAUGGGAACCAGUACCUUCAGUCAGUACACUGUAGUGUCAGAUAUUAAUCUUGCCAAAGUAGACGAUGAUGCCAAUUUAGAGAGAGUUUGUCUGCUUGGAUGUGCAUUUUCAACUGGCUAUGGAGCUGUAGUCAACGUUGCUAAGGUCACACCUGGUUCUACUUGUGCCAUCUUUGGCCUAGGAGGCACCGGUCUUUCUGCUGUAAUUGGUUGUAAAGCAGCAGGAGCUUCCAGAAUCAUAGUUAUUGACAUCAAAAGUGACAAGUUUACAAAGGCCAGAGCCCUUGGAGCCACUGACUGCCUCAAUCCUAGAGACUUAGAUAAACCCAUUCAGGAGGUCAUUGUUGAAAUGACUAAUGGAGGUGUGGAUUUUGCCUUUGAGUGUGUAGGUGGAGCUAAAAUCAUGAGAGCAGCCCUGGACAGCGUGACAGUAGGUUGGGGAGUAUGUACUAUCAUUGGAGUAAACAUCGGUGACAACGGGUUGAGUGUUUCUGCAAUGGAGCUAAUAACAGGUCGUACUCUAAAUGGAACAAGCUUCGGUGGUUGGAAAGGUAUCAAUUCUAUCCCAAAGCUGGCUGCUGACUACAAGAAUAAGCAAUUUGAUCUGGAUGCAUUGGUGUCCCAUACCCUUCCUUUUGACAAAGUCAAUGAGGCAUUUGACCUAAUGUACCAAGGAAAAAGCAUUCGGACAGUCCUGCUCUUUUGACGAUACCAGGAACAAUUUGGAGUAAUAGCUGAAUAAAUCUGAACCUGUCUGGAUAAUUCAUUACCUGAUAUGAUGAACAAUGAUAGCCAUGAAUUUAAACAGAUAUUUACACUUAACAUCUCAAUAUCAAAUAGCUAUAAAGAUUACAGCAUUUGUAUCCACAAAAUAUAUUAUUUCCUAUGUUCACUACGAUAAUUCACGUUUAUGAAUAGAAUCAUAUGAUGUCUGAGAAUUAUUUAAAACUAGUUCUGGAGAGGUGGGAGUGGGGAAUGAAGGGGUCAUAAAUAAAACUAGAUUGCUGGGGGGGGGACUCGAGGCGGGGGGAGUCAAGGAAGGGAGGGAAUACGGGGAUAUGUGUAUAAAAACAGAUGAUUGAACUUGGUGUACCGCCAAAAAAAUUAAAAAAAUAAAAAAAAAAAAACUAGAUUGCCCAUAUGUUUGUAAUUUUUUUAGGUGAUAAAUAUAUGGGGUUUUGAUAUACUGCUCUAUUAUUGUAUACAUUUAAAUUUUUCCAUAAUAAAAAGCCUUUUUAUCU